GUUUUAAAUAAAAGUUGGCGGGAAGGGAAUCCCCCCAAUUCUGUCGAUUACUUGGUACUUAUCGAUAACCAACGGCUCGGAAAGUGUGUCAUCUCUACCGGACAUCUGGCGCAAAUAAAAUACAAAUCCCGAAUAAUUGCAGCGAAAUAAUGAUACACGAUUUGUUAAUUGCUUGCCGGAGCCAUAAUCCGGAGAAGCUAGGAAUAAAAGCAUUCAAUGACACCACAGUCAUUGACCAGUUCAUACAUCCUUCCGAGAGGGAGAUAUUUAUGGGCAUUUUGAGAAUGAUUAAAGUUUACCAAGAAGUUGAGCAGUUUACCCAUUCAAUGGGAACGCAGACGAAUACACUUGGCGAACUUCCGGAUCUUUCGCGGGGUUACUACUUGCUCAAUUUGGCGAAGGGCAUUGAAGUAGCUCUGGAGGAUUACUAUGCAGAGAUCACUCGUCUGGAGAAGUAUUGCUUUGGAAACCAGCGCACCUCGCUCGCACAUGUCCACGAUGCCCUGCAAGUCAAGUUGCCUCUGCUGGUGUUCCUGCGGAACCUCAUCAUGGAGAUUCAGGUGCUAGAGUUGCGAGGAUGCAUCUUGCUCCAUAACCUUAAUCAGCAGUCCCAGAACGGCGAUUACCAGCUGGAACAAGCUAUGAAGAAAAUUAUAAAGCCUGUAAAGAGAGCGUUUUUCUCCAGCCUGGCUCACUGGCUGUUGUUUGGGGUGAUCGACGAUGUGCACUCGGAAUUCUUCAUUAAAUUCACAACAACGGAUGCGGUUGAUGGUAGCUUGUUAAGCAAGUCGGCCAGUAGCUCACUAAUGAGCGCAGAGAAAAACCCCGAGGACUACAUUUGGCAAUACGAGGUGAAUUUGGAACAGUUGCCAGGAUUUCUGUCCGUCGUUUUGGCUGAAAAAGUUCUGUUUGUGGGACAAACAGUGCUGGUCUUCAAAAUGCGGCGCAACGUAAAAGUAAAGAACAAAACCGACCAACUGGCAGUAAAACUGGCUGAGUUGAAUCGUGAUGACAUCUAUCAGCUGUGGAACGGCAGGGAGUCCGAGUUCUUUCAAAUGGUCAUUGAUCUGUGCAACGAGGACACAAUCAAUGUGUUCCGCGUCGAAAAUGUUAUUAACGAUAUCAAGAAUUACGUUAGCACCCGCUUGUCGGAGAUCGCUGUGAAUGAAGUGGAUCUGGAGCGGCAAAUGGCACUGAUAAAGGACUUCUUUUUGUUGGGCAGGGGAGAGUUCUACUUGGAGUUCUGCUCCCAAAUGAUCGGUAACAUGGAAACAUAUCGCGAAGAGCGUUUUAAAAACGUCACUAGAUCAUUCGAGAUUGCAGCUACUCUCACGGGAAUCUCAGAUGACUUGGACAAGUUUUCACUUAGCUGCCAAAGAACCUCUGGUGAACCAGAUGAAAAUUCCGACUUUCAUUUUCUGCAAGGCCUCAGCCUGAAGUACGAGUAUGAGUGGCCAUUGAAUCUCUUGUUCUCCCCAAAAACCAUUGAGCGGUACAACAAGAUAUUCAGAUUUUUACUGAUUAUUCGAACUUUCCAAUACGAAAUACAAAGGGUCUGGGCCAAGCAGACUUGGAAGGCAAAGUGUAUGGAUGUGCCUUUAAAUAGUAAAAUCAUAAGUCUUCGCAACUAUCUUAUGUUCUUUCUAAACAACAUGCAGUACUACAUUCAAGUAGAUGUGCUUGAAAGUCAAUUUGGAAUUUUGUUGAAUGUGAUCAAAAACAAGACUGAUUUCGAGGAAAUACAAAGGGCUCACACUGUUUUUCUGGCAAAUGUUCUUUCUCAUUGCUUUCUGCUUACCGACUCGGAGACCCAACUGAAUGUCACUGGGUGCCAAAACCGAAAUCCCAUUUAUGGAACCCUUCUUAAACUCUUUAGCAUAUGUGAGGAGUUUGCGCGCAUGACCCAAACGAGAGAACCGCCGGAUGACUUAGAAGCUGAAAUCGACCGACUUAAUGAAAGUUUUGGUGUUCAAAUUGCGAGCCUUAUCCAACUAUUAGUCGAUGUAAAAUCAGCAUCUUGCUUGGGUCCGCUUUCUCAACUGCUAUUGCGAUUGGAUUUUAAUCAUUGGUUCAGUGCCAGUCAUAACACAUCCGCCUGAAUAAAAUGUUUUUGCCUACAGUUGUAGCCGCUUAAUAUCUUCUAUA